CUCACUUUCCUCUCCCGCCCUGGAGGUCCUUUCCAGAAUGAAGAGCCGGUGAUAGGCUACUUCCUUUGCCAGAGCCGGGUCCACUGGGGCGGGAGAACAAAAGGCCACUGCUUGCGCAGGACCCAGAGCCUGGUGCCCUGGUCUCCCCUCCCCCGCACCUGGCCCCACACGUUGCGGCAAAAGGCUUUAAUCCGGCCGGCUCCACGCGGGGAGGAAAACGCUCCCAAGAUCUCUUUGCUACUCGCCCUCACCCACCAGACAGCCCGGUUCUGGGCGCGGGGUUCCUCCGCACCCUUGUGAACAGCACGCGGUUCCCGGCGCAUCGCAUCGCCGGCCGCCGGGUUUUUCCGGCCCCAGUGUGCUCGCACUAGACACGAGUGCAUAUGGCGGCAAAAGGAAUUUCGCGGUAAGCGCGUCACGCCGUGGACUGCCUUUCACAAACUGCCUCCGGCCGAGGAAGGUAGUGCUUACUCCAGCCCUUUGUGUCUCGCUCUGCGGCGUGGACCCGGCUUUCGCUAGCCUGUUCCAUCGGUGGAACACACACUGACUGGCUUUGGGGAUCGCGUGCUAUUCUCAGCCGGAUAGACGGUGUUGUACGUGGAAGAGAGGAAACGACCCACUGCUAGGAAACGGGGUCUCAAGCAUCUGUACUUGCUGCUCCCUGCUUCUAAAGACCCUCAGAGCAGGAGAAUUUGGACUGACGUUUUGACGACAGACGCCUGCGUAUGAUGCAUUUCAAAAGUGGCCUCGAGUUGACGGAGUUACAGAACAUGACGGUGCCCGAAGACGACAACGUCAGCAAUGACUCUAAUGACUUCACUGAGGUAGAGAAUGGCCAGAUAAAUAGCAAGUUCAUCUCAGACCGCGAAAGCAGACGAAGUCUCACCAACAGCCAUUUGGAGAAGAGGAAAUGUGAUGAAUACAUCCCAGGAACGACCUCCCUGGGCAUGUCUGUUUUCAACCUGAGCAAUGCCAUCAUGGGCAGUGGGAUUUUGGGACUUGCCUUUGCCCUGGCCAACACUGGAAUCCUCCUUUUUCUGAUACUUCUGACUUCAGUGACGUUGUUGUCUAUAUACUCAAUAAACCUACUAUUGAUCUGUUCCAAGGAAACAGGCUGCAUGGUUUAUGAGAAGCUGGGAGAGCAAGUCUUUGGCACCACGGGGAAGCUGGUGAUUUUUGGAGCCACCUCGCUACAGAAUACUGGCGCGAUGCUGAGCUACCUCUUCAUAGUAAAGAACGAACUUCCUUCCGCCAUAAAAUUCCUCAUGGGACAGGAGGAGACAUUUUCAGCCUGGUACGUCGAUGGUCGCGUCCUGGUUGUGAUGGUAACCUUUGGUAUAAUUCUCCCGCUGUGUCUCCUGAAGAACCUGGGGUAUCUUGGCUACACCAGUGGAUUUUCCUUGAGCUGCAUGGUUUUUUUCCUAAUAGUGGUUAUCUACAAAAAAUUUCAAAUUCCAUGCAUGAAUAUGGAACAAAACGCAACAAUAAGUGCCAAUGUAACUGACAUGUGUACGCCAAAAUACGUUACCUUCAACUCAAAGACGGUGUAUGCUCUGCCCACCAUUGCGUUUGCGUUUGUCUGCCACCCAUCUGUCCUGCCGAUCUACAGCGAGCUCAAAGACCGAUCACAGAAAAAAAUGCAGAUGGUUUCCAAUAUUUCCUUCUUCGCCAUGUUUGUGAUGUACUUCCUGACCGCCAUCUUUGGGUACUUGACAUUUUAUGAAAAGGUGCAGUCAGACCUCCUUCACAAGUACGACAUUCACAAGGGCGACAUCCUCAUCCUGACCGUGCGGCUGGCUGUCAUCGUGGCUGUCAUCCUCACUGUACCCGUGUUGUUCUUCACAGUUCGCUCGUCAUUAUUUGAACUGGCCAAGAAGACCAAGUUCCACCUGUGCCGCCACGUCUUGGUGACCAUCAUCCUCUUGGUGAUUAUCAACUUGUUGGUGAUCUUUAUUCCCUCCAUGAAGGAUAUCUUUGGAGUCGUAGGAGUGACAUCUGCUAAUAUGCUCAUCUUCAUUCUCCCUUCAUCACUUUAUCUAAAAAUCACAAACCAGGAUGGAGAUAAAGGCACUCAAAGAAUCUGGGCGGCCCUGUUCUUGGCGCUGGGGGUCCUGUUCUCCUUGAUCAGCAUCCCGCUGGUCAUCUACGACUGGGCUUGCUCAUCUGGCAGUGACGAAGGCCACUGAGACCAGCCGGGCAAAGCCAGCUCCUGCUCCCGCCCGCCUCUUCACCACCCAUCCUUCGCCACUUCUUUUGCAAGUUUACGGACAGAGAGAGAGGCACACAACCACACCGGGGUUGUGACACGGAGACCCGCUUCCAGAAUGACUGUGUCCUCCCGGGAUAGCCACGUAGGGGCUGUGGAUUUUAUCUUUUGCAGAUUUCAUGUCGUCCUCACCUUUCCCUCUCCUUACUGUGUUUUGUGGCUUCUGCUCAGUCUCUUAGAACUGUGGAAACACGAUCAUCCGGUGUAUUCAUUUGUUAGACACCAAGGUUCUAAAGUCGUUUUCCUACUGAUGUUCCCGCUCACGCUAUCUGUAUCUUUUUAGAAGAGAAAAUAAUCUUGAAUUGUAUAUAUUUAUUUUGCUUUACAGAAAAAAAAAAAGGUUUCAGGAAAAAAAAAAAGGUUUCAUAAAUACUUUGCCUAUUUUGGUUAACAUAGCACACAGGGGUAAUCCUUUGAGAGACAGUUGCGUGCCACUGCUGCAUCUGAGCAUGCCCAAUAUUUGAGGCAGCUCUGAUCACCCAACAUGGGCUGUCCCAGACCUGCUGGUACUCUAUCCUGCUCCUACACGGAGCUAUUCCCUGGGAGUGUCUGGCUGGGAAGGGGUGGGCAGGGCACUUGUGGGAAGAUAUUAAAAUGCACAUUUGGGAGAGCUCACAAAUGAAGCUUUGUUCCCUCCCCCCACCUCCCCGGCAUCUGGUGUCACAGUUACUCGGCUGAGUCACCUGCGUGGGGUCCCAUGGUGACAAAUGAGACCUCCCAAAAUGCCUAAGGAACUACUCACGAUGCAGAUAGCCUCUGUCUACACCCAUAUUAUUGAAGGGGGAGAUGAUUUGUUGGUUUACACACCCAGCAGCAUUUAGUCAUGUCCACCAGCUUUUUGCAACAGAGAAUAAUGUGUACCUAAGGAUGACCGAGGGUAGGUAGGUCAUCCUCUUUUAUAUUGGGUAGUUUACUUUAGGGGAGUCUUUAAAAGACGUGUUUUAUAUCUAUAAAUCUAGGUUAUUACAAAUAACAGGAUUUUUGUACCUUAAAUAAGCCUCAUUUCUAUUCUCCAUUAAUUCUCCAUCCCAUCUUGAAAGUAAAGCUUCUGAGAUAGUCUUUGUGGAGAACUUCUGAAGUCACUGUGUCCUCUCUUGUCCCUGCUGGGGAAAACAAGCAGCUCUUCCCCAUCUGUGUGUCUUCAGUUUAUCCCAUGACUGAGGAGGGCAGGGUUUCCUGUACUCUCUCCCUGACCCCUCCCAAGGGGAGCAGAGAGCAACGACAGCAGCUUUGGACAUGGCAGCGAGGGAACCCAGAGCAGCAUGCCCUGUUGGUGGGCAUACCCGUGGCUGCCCAUAGCUUAGCUGCAGAAGGAAGUGCAUGUGCUCGGUGACCACUCUCUGCAGACAGGGCUUGUACUGCAGCCAGAGGUAUUCUGGUUGAGUUCUCAGAUAAAAUUAUAUAUAUACUGAGCACACAUUUCUUACCUGGAGACAGGUAGGAUCUGACACAGAGAGUUGGCAGAGGACCCAGACACUCAGCUGCAGACACUGUUCCUUCUGACUGAAAUCCCCAAAGGUCUUUGGGAAGGCAUCUCAUGAGAGUUACACCCAGAGAUGUCCCUUCAUAUACUGAAGUCCCACAGGUAAGGUAGGACUGCCACCAUCCUCUUGGGGAAGAAGGAAAAGUUAUUUCCUACAUUGCAUCAUCGCCUUGGUAGUGUUUCAGAGUUCUGUCCACGUUGAGUUUGGGCAACUGGACACAGGCCUAGACAGGAAAAGGGUAAAACCCACAGUGGCCUCUGCCCUCUGUGGAAAUGCUUUUUGUGUCACAGAGAAUGACAGAUGAUUCACCAACCUAUGUAGCUUGUUUGGCACUGUUUAAAAAAUACAUUGAUUCAGUUUGCCUACUCUACUACCCUCUAUUUAACUCAUUCUGUAACCGUUUCAUUCAUUUUACGUUCAUGAAGUGAAUUCAAAAACCAUCAUUAACUCUGGGAUGUGUUGUGAUUUGGGAUCUCUGGAUUUUAUGUGUUGAUAAAACUAAUGUACUAUUUUACAGUAUAUUUAUUUGCAGGAAGCACCGUGUUGUUGAUGUCUAUGAUACGUGGGUUUUUGUUUGUUUGUUUGUUUGUUUGUUUGUUUUUAAACUCCUUUAUAUAUGUACCUGAGUUUGUUUGAAUGUUACAGACCUUACUGUCAUUGUCGGGUACCACAGAUUAAUCCCAUGGUGUCUGUGGUAUUCCCUGUAUACUCUUCUUACUCUUGCUCAGAAUAAUGAACUGGUAGCCAAAACAUACCUGUGUCAGAUGUUAGGUAGAAUUCAACAGUCAAAUGCAAUAGACAUUUUCCUGCUAAAUGUGUAGACCCAAGGGUAGUAGGCCUUCGCCACAGGAAGCAGUGCUUUCCUUUGGCACCUAGGAUCUCCACACUGUUGACCGGGGCCAGUUCCAUCCUUUGGGUGAAGAACUGUUCUCUGACUAGUGUAACAGACUACUGUAGAUUCCUAGCUUAGUGUUGCUGGUUAGAAGUAGCGUGAGCGGAGUGUGUGCAGAAAGAACACCCAUCUUUUAGGCAUGGACAGGCAGUCCCCAGGUCCCUGGGAGCACAUAUUCCAAAGCUUUGUCACCUGGAAUGGAUUUUCUGUAACUGGGUUAUAUGUGAAGAUGAAGCCCCCAGAGUAGCUGGGAAAGACUGCCAAGCCCAGAGUUGAGCCGAAAGGGAAUAGUUUAACAGGACUGCAGAAGAGCCAGAUCCCCAGAGAGAACGGAGGUGGGGUUUGGGGGGGGGGGAGAAUCCAAGUCACCAAGAGGAAGCCACAGCCUGUUGUUAUGGAAUCCAGACUGUUCGUCUCUGCCACAGUGUCUGCUGGAUGUGGAGUUUGGGGCUCCGCCACAGUGGCCUGAAGCCUGGGCUCCUGCAACAUUAGAGGAACUAAGUUCAAAGCCCUGCUGGUAGGGUGGUGUUGGAGGAGGAAGAGGGAUUCCUUAGCUACCACCUUUUGUUUUUUCUCUGAGACUGUCCAGCUUGGCCUGGCUGCUUCCAGUUCUGUGGCCUUUCGCUCCUAGAAUUCGCCCACCUCCUUCUCGGCCACUAACAUCAUAGCUUCUCCCAGGUUUCAGCUUUGAGACCAGCACCCAGCACUUUUAAUGUCUUGUGUUUCAUCCAUGGUUUAACUGCUCAGUGAUCGGACGGAAGGUACAAAGAGGUCUCUAUCCACUUUCUGGUAUACUUAUGGACCAUACUGAGAAACAUCAGAGCACUGUGGGAGUGGGUUGCAGACGACCAGGGUCUGUGGUGAGCUGCUUCCGUGUUUCCGAGGAUGCCUCCAACAGUUAUGCCAAGAAUUCUGGAGUUGAACUCAGGCCCCCAAGCUGGUGUUUCUCAAAUUGUGGCCCCCAGGCCACGAGAGACUCAUCAGAAUGCAAAUCCUCAGCGCCGCCAGAAUCCAUGGACAAAGCAACCUGUUCUCUGCAAGUCUCAGGUCUAGACUCCAGGUGACACCCUCGGCAUCAAGUUUGGGUACCACUCUAAGCCAUUCUCCAGUCAGUCAGCCCUCGGAAGGCAGUUCCUGGGGUGAGGAAUCAGAGCCAGGACCUGGAAAAGGUAUAAAAGGACUCCAGCCAGUAUCUCUGCAAAUGCAGGAGACAUCUUGGGGGGUGGGGGGCGGGGGGCGCGGGGCAUACCUGUGUCCCUUCCUGCUGGAAAUGCAAUGCAGGGACAUGAGUAAAACUCAGGGUGCCUGCACUUGAGGGAAAGUGGCCUAAGGCACCCACAUUUUCUUACAGCCGUGGAGACAUCAAAUUGAGGCUUUACAGAAUUUAGGUAAAUUAAAAUGCCUUUUUGUAAAUGCUGAGUUUUCAGCAGUCUGUUUGUGGUUGGGUAGAGAGCUGGCCUGCUAGGUACAAAGCCCUGGCUGGGGACGUUCAGUCCUGAUAUUGUAAAAUAUAAAAUAUCAAUACAAUUCUAGUGAAAGGUCCACAGCUGAGGGAGCUUCAAGGCUGUGAGGGAGGGCAGAGCCCAGCCUAUCUCCGUGGAGCACAGGGCAAGAUGGCAUUGUUAAUUGGAGUAGGGCAGAGGUGGGUGGUAGGAUCAUAUGCGUAGUGUAUGCCUUAGAGCAACAGCCCCAUUGAUCCGUUUAGAAAGGAGAUAGGCUUUAAGGAUGGCGUCCUAGUCAAGGGAACAUCCGGGCACCUGCAAAGAGAAGUCACCUAGCAAUAUUAAUCAGUGGUUUCCUCUUAGGAGGGCAGAUCUGAGAACUCCUUCUGCAACGGGUACAAAUUCCUCUAAAAUGCAGUGGACUGUUGAUAGUGAUAAAGACUUUGGGUUCAAAUUGGGGUUGUGGGUAAUGACUGAAAAUAAUGCUGACUCUAAAGAGGCGGGUUCUUGAAGAAUAAUGCAAAGUCCGCAUGGAUGCAGAUGUCUUUCUCGGGGUUUCCUUGGGGAAGAACCAUAAAGCACUGGGCCUACUGUACACAGGCUUGAAUCUAUGCAUUCGAGGCUCACUGGAGGCAUCCUUCAUUUGUAUGUAAAUAUGUUGUAAAUACAUAGGAGGCUGUAUAUUUUUGCAGUUGUUGAGCCGCACAGAAAUAGAGGUCACUGGUACCUGCAUAUAAGAAAUACGCAUUCUCAUAGAUGUUAGUGGUUUUGUUUGGGAAUUAGAAGGAUUUUACCUUCUCUCCCAUAGUUCUGUAAAUGUAAACCUGGAGCCUAAAACCUUAAUUAGUUGUUUGGAAGAAGAAGUGCUGAGAAAUAGCUGCUUUGAACUCUUCUGCUGGUGUCAUGAUCUGUUAUUUAGAUGAUACAAAUAAGAACGAUCUAGAAGAAAACCAUUGUCAUGCCCCCAAAUGAGAAGUUGUUUCUCUAUGACGUUCUUUCACAGUUAACGUUGAUGCCACUGCACAGAGUUUAAGAAAACAGAAGUUAGGGAGGGUUUGUUUUGUUUUAUUUUCCAAAAUGGAAUUACCUUUUCCCAAACUUUGGGAUCCUUGAGGGGAGGGCUGAAUAUUCUUAUGAGCACAGAUUUGAAGGAAAACAUCCUGUUAUUUAAGCUUUUGGAGGUCUUGCAUGUUUUGCCUUUUAAUGUUGAUGCCAACAUAGACCGUCUUGUCUGUCCCCACCACCACCACUGGAAUCUUAACCAUUGGUACGUAAUACAGUCUCUAGAGUCCAGUGUGUCCUAGACUCCCUCUGACUCAGUACACGGAGCACACCACUGCUUUAUUAAUGUAAAAACCUUGUAAAUGAUUUGGGGUGGGCAUCCAAAGUGAGUCACAAGUCACAAAAUGUUCACUGUCUAUCAUAUAAAGUUGGGUUGUUCUUUUUUUUUUCAGGGUGUGGUAUAAAUAAGAAAGUGUAAGAAGUUAUGUUCUAUAAAUGCAGUGUUAACAUAGUUUUCAGACAUUAAAAUGUGAAUUAAAAGUA